GCCAAAAUGGACGAAGUUAAAGCUCUCAUUCAACCUCAAGGCUCAAUAUGUAGUGAUUCAAACGGUGAUGACACUUCUAGAAACGAUGUACCUCCAAUGGACUCAAGACUGUGUUUAGUUGGUGACUUAGCUAAGGAUAGUAACCUACAUGCUGUUGCUGAAACAUUUGGAGUUCCUGUAGUGACAUCAAAAGAUGGACUGGAAUAUGCUCAAGAUGAUAGUUGCACCACUAUAUUUGUACUUGCAAACUUUGAAGGGGAUGUCUAUAAUAGAUUGUACAAAUCAAAACAGCCUCUUCUGGGUCCCCCAGCUCUCCAACAAUUGGCUGCCAAAAAGGAGAAGCUUCCAAACAACACUAGGCCACUUUUCAACUUGUCAAUGACUGGAGUUGUUGUUUGUUUCACAGGAUUCAGGAAUAAGGAUGAAUUAACAAAAUUAGUACCUUUGAUACAUCACAUGGGUGGUUCCAUCAGAAAGGAAAUGUCAGCAAAGAUAACACAUUUGAUUGCCAAUGUUGGUGGAGGAGACAAAUAUCAAUAUGCAGCUACAUUCAGAUUACCUGUGAUGAAUCUCCAAUGGGUACAUGCGAGCUGGGAGCAUAGACAUCAGUUGGAUUUCAAUGCAACUUCAGAUACAUUUGUGGCUGAUCACAAGUUGAGGCCAUUCCAUGGUGCCAAAGUGUGCUUUGUGGGUUUUGCCCCAGAGGAAGAAAAGCACAUGGAGGAAGUGCUGAUGAUGAAUGGUGGGACCAUUACAAACGUCGACGACCCAAAUUGUACACAUGUGGUAAUGGACAAUGCAGAAGUCUACACACUAGAAGCUGCAAGCGCACCACUCUCCCCCACCAAAGCCAAGCCCCAAGAAAACUCCCCGCCCCCCCAACCCAAAACCCCCAAGACCCCUUCCCAACAAAACAACAAUCAAAACGGCACGUUCAGCAACUGUUUCAAGGCCAGCCAGAGCAUAGCCUGCCUCGAAACGUUGCACGAAAACUCCCACGACAAUAACGAAUUGGACAGUAUUUGUUUCGACCAGAGUUUUGAGCCGAACGGUACUCCUCAGAAGCGCAAGAGGAAGUUCGCGUCUCCCGAGCAACCGAGCAUCUUGGUGAAGCGGAAAAGAGACAAGAGCUACAGCGAGCGCAAACGCAAGGUUUCCGAGUUUUUCAAGACGCCGAUUAGCUAUUUUUCUAAUCGUAGAAGGACGAUCGACGCUUCUAGUUUCAAUCAGAGCUUGAACGAAAGCGUUAUUUCGACGUCUGGGGUGUUCAACGUGGACACCGUACAGGAUUUGAGCGCGUACAAUGACACAGAGCUGACACCGCGUGGGGUGCAGAAAUGCCCCAAAAAAAACUUGUUCGCACGCACUUUCAGCUCCUCGAAGUUUUCAAAGAAGCUUCGCAAAAACGCUGAUUUGAAUGCCACAAAGCUGUCGUUCGGGGAGCCCAGUGACGUUGAUGGCAAGGAGAAGUUGAACGCCAGUUGUUUUCCCGACAUUUCCCUCAAUCCCGUUUCCUUCGCUAACAAUCGUGAGCUUAGCAGUGAGUUUGCCCGAGCAUCGAGGAGAACUUCUACUGUGUCUGCUGUGGCGGUCGUGGACGCCUCAUCGGGACUAGAGAGGCCCGACGGACCGGGUCGGGCGUGGGUCGUCAAGGCGGAAUGGUUCUGGACCUCGGUGCAGAAGGAGAUCAGUCUCGUCGAGAAGGAGUAUCUCUUCGCUGAUCAACCUGAGCAAGUCCUGUCCCCCGCAACGCGCCGAGACUCACACGCGCCGACGCCUACAAGCGCGAGCCGAAGGAAACGCAAACGCCUCCAUGAGACGCUCUCUUCUCUGGUCCAGCAGCCGCAAUCGCCGGCGCUGCACAAGCGACGCUCGUCGGUGAGCGACGCGGGCGUGUUGUCCGUGAGCGGCUCCUUUUUGGACUGCACCGCUAGUCCGGGCAAGGAGGCGCUAGAGGGCGCUGAUGUGUUGGGGGAUACGCCCAGGAAGGGGCUGACUGCCAGGCACCAGGUGUUCCUCGAGCUGCUGCAGACCGAGACGAACUACGUGGAUAUACUGCACACGAUAAUGACGAUGUUCAAGAAACAUCUCGAAGACAUGCCCGACGAGGAGGAGCUGCUCAACAACAUCGAGCUGAACUUCAUCUUCGGCAAGCUGCCGCCCAUCUACGAGACGCACGUCAAGAUGGUGGACGAGUUCCGGUGGACGUCCGCACACUGGAACGAGGACCGCAGCAUCGGCAACAUUAUCGUCAAGUACUCCACCGAGUUGUUGAAGGCGUACCCGCCGUACAUCAACUACUUCGAGGAGAUGAAAGAAGUGUUGUGCCAGUGCGACCAGACGAAGCCGCGCUUCCACGCCUUCCUGAAGGCGUGCCAGACGCGGCCGGAGUGCGGCCGGCAGAGCCUGCAGGACCUCAUGAUGCGGCCGGUGCAGCGGCUCGGGAGCAUCAGUUUGUUGUUGAACGAUAUUUUGAAGCAUACGCCAAAAACGAAUCCAGAUCAUUCUGCCUUAGAACAAGCUCUGGCUGCCUUGAGGGAAGUGAUGACCCAUAUCAACGAAGAUAAGAGGAAAGCUGAAGGCCAGGUCACUUUGUUCAAUAUAUUCAAUGACAUCGACCACUGUCCGCCCGACAUUGUCUCCUCCCACCGGAACUUCAUCGCCAAGGCAGACGUCGUUCAGCUCUCCUCCUCCGAGGGCCUGUGCAGCAAGGGCAACAGCCUCGCCCUUUUCCUCUUCUCCGACCGACUGGAGGUGUGCAAGAAGCGGUCGAGGGCGUUUAACGCGCUCAAGAGCCCCUCGGCGACGAUGGCCGCAGGGGCGACCUCGACAGGCGCGGGCAGCUUCCAGGGCAGGCAGCUGUCGAAGCCGUACAAGCACGUGAAGCUGAUGGCGCUGAACGCGAUCAAGCGUGUGAUCGACGUCAAAGAGACGGACGACUGCCAGAAGGUGUUCAGUCUGGUGUGCAGGAACAACGAAGAUCUCAAAGAGAAGCUGUAUUCUUUCGCGAUGGCCGACGAAGAGGCUGACAAAGUGGGCUUUCUGAGGACACUCACCAGGCAAAUGGCGAAUAACGCGUGUACGGCAGAUGCGGACAAAUUCAUGGCCUACUUGGAGCCGCAGCAGCUGGACAUCGGAACGAGCGAUGUGAGCAGCGGCAAUGGAACCCUAUCAAAGGCGUUUAAGUACGCGACGACGCGGCUCAAGGUCGGUCGCGCUUUCUCCUUCAACAAAACGCCCUCGAAGCUGAAGCGCGCCGUCUCGUCGAUGAUGUCGCCGUUCGGCAGUUCGACCAACCUGACGCCCGCUUCGCAGCUGGCGCAGAUGAAGCUAGCCAGCUACAGCAACAUCAACGAAUUGGGUAACGCAGACAAUGCAAAUGAAUCUCAGCCGAUGGCACCAAUGUCAGUUCAACCAACUCGAAAAAUGAAAUCGUCCUCUUUAGGUGUAAAUGCUUUGAAGCGAUUAUAACAUCUGAUCCAAAGGUGGUAUCUUUUAUUUUUAUUAAAUUUUAUCCAGUCAGUUAGAUUUGUACAUAAGUUUUAAUAUAUAAGAUUCAAUAUUUUUACUAGCAUUUCAUUUAAAUUGGAAUCGAAUUGUAAGUAGCUCUCCAUGCCAAUUUUAUAAAUUUACAGUACAUUCACAUUUCACUCAACACUAUGUAUUAUAUUUAUUAAUUUAAUUUUACAAGUUUAAUAGUUCUACAACUUGUAGUUUUAUACUGUGUUAUGUAAUACACCUCAUAGGUGAUAUUUAUUUUAAGUUAUGAAAAAAUAAACGGGUUAUUCAGCUUG